AGACAUCUUGCAUGUGUUUUUUGGUGAAGCGUUACGUAAAGAGAGCAGACAGACAAUACUGUAUUAGAUGUCGUUUUAACUUCAGCAAAGCAUAACUGUACUGGUAUAACAGCUAUCUUGUGGCUUAUUUGUUCUAUGAAUUAUGUUUUAGUUGCACGCAAUGUUUCAGGCUGACUCCACCUGCUGGUUUAAGCAUCUUGAGCACAUUAUUACACGGAACGUCAUCGACUGACUGCUGGCUGUACACUAGUUGAUCUGACACUGAAGAAGGUGGAUCAGUGCGUCAACUCACGAGUUUUUAUUUUAAAAGGCUCAGUUUGAAGGAUCAUAUUACCAGAUAUUUCUUUCUCCAAGCUUCAGCAUCGAUUGUGUUUAGUUUUCUGGAUUUCAGACAGCGCGUGGUGUUAAAGCAGCAUGUCAAGGUCAGAUUUCCCUCCGGGUUACGAUGAUUCGCGGCUGCUCUCUAACCCUCAGCCUGGAGGAGGUUACCCUGCUUCCGUCCCCCCAUAUGGCUUCAACGCGUACGGGGGACAGCCACCUUACCCACAGCCCAAUGAUCCAUACGGAGGCCAGCCUGCGGGAUACCCCCCGCCAAGUAUACCUGUCAUCCCCGUCAUUCCUCCUGGUUUAGGUGAUAAUGAAGGAUUUACCACAACAGGAGGAUUUGACGAUAUUAGUGUCCGUCACACUUUUAUACGAAAAGUUUAUCUGAUCCUCGGUGCGCAGCUUCUGGUCACAGCUACCAUCGUGGCUAUUUUCACAUUUGUGGAACCUGUAGGAGUGUUUGUGAGGAAAAAUCCAGCCAUUUACUGGGUUUCAUAUGCUGUCUAUUUUGUCACUCACUUGGUAUUGGUUUGCUGUCAGGGACCCAGGAGGCGUUUCCCAUGGAACCUGAUCCUGUUGGCCAUUUUUACACUGGCCUUAUCGUUCAUGACUGGAAAUAUAGCAAGCUAUUACAGCACUAAGGCGGUUUUCCUGGCCCUGGGCAUCACUGUUCUUGUGUCUGUUGCGGUGACCGUGUUCUGCUUCCAAACUAAGGUGGAUUUCACUAAAUGUUCAGGUUUUUUCUGUGUCCUCGGAAUCGUAGUGUUUGUGACUGGCAUCAUCACGGCUAUCGUGCUGUCAUUCAAAUACAUCCCAUGGCUUCACAUGCUCUAUGCAGCAAUAGGGGCCAUUGCAUUCACUCUGUUUCUGGCCUAUCAUACCCAGCUGCUCAUCGGGAACAGGAAGCUCUCCAUCGGGCCAGAGGAGUAUGUGUUUGCGGCUCUCUCCCUUUAUGUUGACAUUGUCCAGAUCUUCAUCUUCCUCCUGCAAAUUAUUGGAUAUGCAGAGAGAUAGAAGCUUUAAGCUGGCCGAUGGACCUUUUCUGUUUUGUCUUUAAUGUUUAUGCACUGUGCAGUGUCUUCUCAAUCCAGACCUAACUAACGUACUCAAAUAAUACAGAACUUGUAAAACAUAUCUAGCUUUAUACUGAUGAAACAACUGGUAAGGAAUGAAUAUCAUUUCCAUGAUUUACUAACAAUAUGCAUAUGUUCCAAUAAAAUAUGAGUGAUAUUAUAUAGCCAUUACUUUGUCAUGGAAAUGGAAGCUGUCUAUUAGAAGUGGAUCUGUAUUAGGCAAAUUUCUACUGUAUAGACUUAGAUUUGCUGUAUUUACUAAAUAUAUUUAAUGUGCGUGGUACAUUUUGGUCGAGGGUAUAGCUUUUCUGCUUUGUACAUACAAUCGAACUGUAUUUUAGUUUAUGAAUUUAGAAUAUUUAUCACAGACAUCUUUAUAUACAAUAUAAAAGUCUACAUCAAAUAUUGUGCUUUAAUUUUGGGAAAUAAAUGCCUUUACUUAAUGAAUUUGAUACUACACUUAACUAAAUGUCACAGAGUAUGUGAUCUACAAUGGUGCCUUUCCUUUGUUUGGCACCAAAUAUACACCAUGAAUAAAUUGUUAUAAAAAGUGUUAACUACAUAUAAAUGAAUUGUUAUAUAUUUGAAUUGUAUAAACAAAGUAAACCUGUAUUUUCUGUUACAAUGUUCUCAUGCCACAUGUUGAACAACAAUGGCUAAAGUUUGAUAUGUAAUCAUUGUUAUUGUGAGGAUUAUCAUAAUAAAAGGAACACGAGUAUUA